GCGGGAGCUACACUUUGGGAUUUACAAACACUCAUUUAUUUUUUAAUCGGUACAUUUCAUGCUCUUUGGAACACCUUUUUUCUGGAUUUGGACUGCGCGCAGUGCCACAGAGAUGGAGUGAGCAAAGCAUCAAUUAGCAGGUUUACUGUAUCACUAUUUAUGCAACUGGGAAGGGGCAAACUGCUCCAAGGAGGUCGUCUCGAGCUGUAUGGGAUUGUUUUUGACGGGGACGCUUUGUUUCCGAUAAGGACGCAUUGGGCAUCAUGAGUUCCACUGGCUUGAUGAGCAGUGAUCGCACCUCAGGAACGAUCCGAUGCCAGCGCUGUCGGGAGGUGUGUAAAGGAGAAGUGGUCCGAGUGCAAGAGACGCACUUUCACGUCAAGUGCUUCACAUGCACCGUGUGUAACUGCGACCUGGCGCGCUCUGGGUUCUUCCAGAAGAAAGGUGAAUACAUCUGCACGGCGGACUACCAGCGUCUGUACGGGACACGCUGUGACCGCUGUGACUCCUUCAUCACCGGAGAGGUCGUGUCUGCUCUGGGACGGACCUACCACCCCAAGUGCUUCGUCUGUAGUGUGUGCAGUAAGCCCUUUCCCAUUGGAGACAGAGUGACGUUCAGUGGGAAGGACUGUGUGUGCCAGCAGUGCUCCGUCAGACUCGUCAAACCAAACGAACCCAUCAAGAUCCAUGGGCCCAGUCAGUGCGCUGGAUGUGGAGGAGAGAUCAAGCAGGGCCAGUCUCUCCUCGCUCUGGAGAAACAGUGGCACGUCAGCUGCUUCCGCUGUCGGACCUGCAGCAUGGUGCUCACCGGGGAGUACAUCAGCAAAGAUGGAGUGCCGUACUGUGAGGCAGACUACCACGCCCAGUAUGGGGUGAAAUGUGAGACCUGCAGCAGAUACAUCAGUGGGAGAGUCCUGGAGGCCGGGGGGAAGCACUACCACCCCACAUGUGCCCGCUGUGCCCGCUGCAAGACCAUGUUCAAAGAGGGAGAGGAGAUGUACUUGACAGGCUCGGAGGUGUGGCACCCAUUAUGCAAGCAGGCGGCCAGGGCAGAGAAAAGACUCAGGCACAGGCGUCUGUCGGAAGCUUCUAUCUCUCCUCCCGGCUCCUCCAUCGGCUCUCCCAGUAGAGUUAUAUGUGCCAGAGUGGAGAAUGACUUCCUAGCUUAUAAGGACCUAGCUGCCCUCCCCAGGGUCAAGGCCAUUUACGAGGUGCAGCCGCCUGACCUCAUAUGCUCCUCCUCUUACCAGCCCUACCACAGAUACGCCUCCGAUGAGAGGCUAGACACUUACAGCUAUGGGGAGUCUCUCGGGACGCUCUCUCCAUAUUCUCAGGACUAUGACAGUUUAGACAAGCAGAGGUGCCCCAGUCCAGGUUACAUAGAUUCUCCAACAUUCAGUCGCCAGGGCAUGUCUCCCAUCAUGCCUCGCUCUCCGCAGCACUAUGGCUACACUGGCUCCGAGAGUGGCAGGAGCUCGCCCUAUUACGGCCAAGAUGGGCGGUCCAGCACACCCACCACAAACCAGCCCCCCAAACAUUUUCAUGUACCAGCCACAGGGGACCCCAACAUCUACAGGAAGCCCCCCAUCUAUAAGCGAACGGAUAAUUACGUGGAUGCAGCGACCAAGAGCAGGACCAGUGAGGACAUUCUGAGGUCGUCUAGACUUUCCACCUACUCCCCUGAGUCAUACAGCCAAUCAGAGUCCGACUAUUACCCCUACACCAGCUCUCCUAAAGCCCCGAGAAGGCGCUACUCAACAGGAGGAGAUGAAGAGGGCUGGAGCCACGGUCUUCAAAGAAUCGGGAGUGGUAUCGGGAGGAUGAUCCUAAAGGAGGAGAUGAAGGCUAGAUCUGGUUCCUAUGACAACGACCCCUGGGGCAGUAGGAGGAAUUCUCGGAGUGGGAGCAAAGAAACUCUCAACACGACAGGCUACGGGUCCACGGUGUACAACAACACUGUCAAUGGCUCUCCUCGGUCACAGUACAGCGGUGAAAGUGAUUUUGGGUGCAAAACAUCCUCACUUCCAGGAUAUGGACGAAAUGGUCUCCAGAGGCCUCAGAGCGCUGAUUGCUACCAGUAUCAGUACGACAGCUCUAGUGAAGUCACCUGGGGAAACAAAGCUGAAUACACGGUUUAUCCAUAUGAAAUGCUCAUUGUCACCACAAGAGGGCGCAACAGGCUGCCAAAGGACGUGGACAGAGCCAGACUAGAGCGUCAUUUGUCUCCAGAAGAAUUUGUCCAAGUGUUCGGUAUGACCAUAGAAGAGUUUGACCGCCUGGCUUUAUGGAAACGCAAUGAACUGAAGAAGCAGGCUAGACUCUUUUAAUAACAGCCUGACACAUUAUAAUUACUAACAGAGACUUGAUACUUAACUAUAUGAAGGAUAUACAAACUAUUAUGACUUCCCCUGAUUUUCACUGCCAAGGCUGAGAGACUGUUCAAGACCUCCUCCCAAACCAAAACUGUGCUCACUCCAGCGUGGACUUCUGGGAAAAGAGGAGGAUGACCACACAGAGACAAAGAUAGAUGAACUGUGAAGAGUAAGCAAUAUAAGGCUGGGGCACUGCAGUGGUGUAUGUAACCUGGAGGAGGGCAGGUUUACGCCCCAUUAUAUAAAGUACCAAGGGGGAUCCUGUGAUGAGAGGUGAAGCGGAUAUUUAGUAGAUGAGAUUUCUGGCUUUGCCUUAUUGCGUUUCUUAUUUCAGUAACAAUUUAUAAUAACUACACCUGAUUAGCCCUUAAAAUAGUUUAGUGAGAAUGAUUCAGGCUUAGUAACUACUUAAUUAAUACCCAACCACAGCCCCUUAAAGCCACAGUAUGUAACUUUUCACCCCCAAAAAAUACAUCAAAAUAAAGCGUUUUUAUUUGUUUGUGUUUAUUGCAUGGAAAAGCAUACAAAAACAUCCAUCCUUACUCUGAUCAGGCUUCGCAUCUCCACAAACCUGACUCAUGAGGGCUUCUGCUUGUUUUGGCUAUAAUAUUCCAACAGUAUGACAUAAAGUCUAUCUUCAUGGAGAUUGUACGUACCAUGCAGAUGAUGUCUCACCUCCAGGAAGUUACGUACCGCACCUUUAAUUAAGCAGUUACUAAGUCAUUCUUAAGAAACUGUGAAUUAAGUCUGUUUAUGUUUUAUCAAGGCUAUUUGAGGUGUAGUUAUUGUAUUAUUUCCAAGUGUGCAGCACCAGCACUCUGAGUGAGUAGAAUGUAGAUGCAGAUGAUUGAGGACACUUUAAUGGAGUGAAUGGUCUAAUGUGAGUGUGAGCGUGGCCAGGCUUAGCUCUAUUCAGAUUUCAGGUUUCUUUGUUUAAAAUAAAAUGCUUUUGGUUUAAAGUGGUAACAGAACACAACUACCAAAAUGAUGGAGAAUCAGUACAAGCACUGUGUAAAGUGUAAAUAAGCAUUUAUUUUUGAUUAUUGUUAUUAUUUUUGUUAAUAAAACAUAAAAUAUUAUACAAUUUAAGAUGUUUACCCUUUCACACAAUAACUGACUGAUAAUACUAAGUAAUUAAACUAUUAUAAGGUACAAAACAUACUUGGUUGUUUUAAGCAUUACAUUAUGUUAUCAUUUUUCACUAGUAUUACUUUUAUGAUAAUAAAAUAAUACCUUUUGGACCAAAUGAACAGCGAAAGUCAGUGAAAUAGAAAGAGCUGGAAUGCAAGAGGUAUUUGCAUUUUACACAGUUGCUGUACUUAUUGGGUGUGUUAAAGGUGUGUGUGGUUUGCAUUGAUUUGUAUGAGAAUGAAAACCAAAGUGAGGAGGCACUGAUGGAUGAGAGUGAAUCACUUCCAAUGCAAUGUCAAAGGUGAUGGUUACAUUAGUUAGACUGCAGUACACUGUGGAGUAUGUGCAAUGAUCCAUAAGUCGAACAUACCAGUCAGUUCAGGCACUUAAUGCAAUAUCAGAUUCAUGUUUUAGAGGAGUUGAAACUGAAGUCACCACUUUCUCACUGUUAAAAUAUUUGUUUUGAAAUAAUAUUUUGUAGCUAAAGAGGUUAUUUUCACUUGCUAUCAAGUCCUAGUAUGGAGAUGUACAACAAAUGAUCCA